AUGGUGGCGGUCGGCGCCCGGGUGUGAUGCGAACGUCAUGGUGGGGAUGCUGGCUUCGCGGUGAGACAGCGAGAGCGAGCCCGGGGCGGAGGACGCAUGGAUUCGGCUCUUCUGCCGUGUGGGCUCGGAUCUCUUUCUUCCUUCUCUCUCGCUCCCCCAUUCAUUUCGUUCUUGCUUGGCACAUUUCACAUCUCUCGACUCCAUCCUGUCGGCCACCACUGGACGUCUUCCCGUCUCUAAAUGGAAUUAGCGGAGCUCGGAUCCUCUGGUGUAAGGAACAGACAUGAUCUAUGGACGCAGUUUGUUUCACAUUGUAGCAAGUUUAAUCAUCCUCCAUUCGUCUGGGGCAACCAAGAAAGGAACAGAAAAGCAAGCCACCUCAGAAACACAGAAGUCGAUGCAGUGUGGAACUUGGACGAAACAUGCAGAGGGAGGCGUCUUUACCUCUCCCAACUAUCCCAGCAAGUACCCCCCUGACCGAGAGUGCGUGUACAUCAUAGAAGCUGCCCCAAGACAGUGCAUUGAGCUUUACUUUGAUGAAAAGUACUCUAUUGAACCGUCUUGGGAGUGCAAAUUUGAUCAUAUUGAAGUUCGAGAUGGACCUUUUGGAUUUUCUCCAAUAAUUGGACGUUUUUGUGGACAACAAAAUCCACCGGCAAUAAAAUCCAGUGGACGAUUUCUAUGGAUUAAGUUUUUUGCUGAUGGAGAACUGGAAUCUGUGGGAUUUUCAGCUCGAUACAAUUUCACACCUGAUCCUGACUUUAAGGACCUUGGAGUUUUGAAGCCAUUACCAGUGUGUGAGUUUGAGAUGGGCGGUCCGGAAGGAAUUGUGGAAUCUAUACAAAUCAUGAAGGAAGGCAAAGCUUCUGCUAGCGAGGCUGUUGAUUGCAAGUGGUACAUCCGAGCGCCUCCAAGAUCCAAGAUCUACUUACGGUUCUUGGACUAUGAGAUGCAGAAUUCCAAUGAGUGCAAAAGGAACUUCGUGGCGGUGUACGAUGGCAGCAGCUCCGUGGAGGACCUGAGAGCCAAAUUCUGCAGCACAGUGGCGAAUGACGUCAUGCUCCGCACGGGGCUGGGGGUCAUCCGCAUGUGGGCUGAUGAGGGCAGUCGCAACAGCCGAUUCCAGAUGCUCUUCACAUCCUUCCAAGAGCCUCCCUGUGAAGGCAACACAUUCUUUUGCCACAGUAACAUGUGUAUUAACAAUACACUGGUGUGCAAUGGACUCCAGAACUGUGUGUAUCCUUGGGAUGAAAAUCAUUGUAAAGCAAAGAGGAAAAGCAGCCUGCUGGACCAGCUGAGCAACACCAGUGGGACGGUCAUUGGCGUGACUUCCUGCGUUGUGAUCAUCCUUAUUAUCAUUUCUGUCAUUGUGCAGAUCAAACAGCCUCGUAAAAAAUAUGUCCACAGGAAGCCGGACUGUGACCAGACGGUUUUCCAGGAGGUGUUUGAGCCUCCUCAUUACGAGCUGUGCACCCUCAGAGGGACAGCGGCCGCCGCGGACUUUGCCGAUGUGGCCGAUGACUUUGAAAACUACCACCAGCUGCGGAGGUCGUCUUCCAAAUGCAUCCAUGACCAUCACUGUGGCUCACAGCUGUCCAGCGCGAAAGGCAGCCGCAGCAACCUCAGCACAAGAGACGCGUCUGUCCUGGCCGAGAUGCCCCCCCCGCCCGCCAAGCCCCUCGGCCCGCCCACGAACCGAAGAAACAUCCUUGUCAUGAAACACAACUACUCGCAAGAGGCUGCCGCGGCCUGUGACAUCGACGAGAUCGAGGAGGUGCCCACCACCAGUCACAGGCUGGCGCGACACGACAGAGCCGUCCAGCGGUUCUGCCUCAUUGGGUCUCUAAGCAAACAUGAAUCUGAAUACAACACAACUAGGGUCUAAAAAGAAAAUUCAAGAGAAGAACUAUUUAUACAAACAUGGGGACUGUGAAAAGAAAAUUCUAUAGUGAAUUGUGAAAAGUGGACAUAUUUCUAAAUUCAUUCCACUGCCUUUAUCCCAACUUAAGAAUUACAGACAUUUGUUAUUUCUUCAGCAAGACACCCCCGCUGCACACUGACUUGUUCAUUUCCUAAUUUGGUUGCUGGCCACCAAGUGCUCCUUAGUAUUUAAAUACAUUUUGAGAUUUACUGGAAACUUGAAGAAGAAAUUAGUUCCUGAUUAAGACUACCCCGACUUUAUUUUUGCUGUCGGUUUCACUUUGUUUCUAUGUUGUUUUUCGUCUCUGUUAUAUAAUUGUACAUUGUGUGAUCUGUGAAAAAAAAAAAAAAACCCACGAUUUUGGAUGAACUUUGCAUUACAUGUACACUGUUUUCAUUAUAUAGACUGCUUGAGAAUAGUGCGUUCCUGAGUGAUUUUGAACAUGCUACAGUGAAAAGUGAAAAUAUGGACCCUGGAAACACCAGCUAGAGGUCUUACGGACUAUAACAUCUGUUAUUGUGUUAUGAUUAAGUGCAGCCAAAAGUGACAAGUAAAAUUACUAGUUUGCAAUAAGAACAAUCUCAGUUUUUUGGUCUUUCCUAUAUACCCUCAGUUUCCUUUUUGUUUCUUAUCAAAGGAAAAUGCCCAGUUUCAGAAACAGUUUUUGAAAUCAGGUAUUUUACCAUUUAUACCCUUCAAUAGAAAUGUUUUUUUUUUCCUGUUUUUCUUUUUCUUGUUUU